AUGAAUAACUGCUCGAUAUCACCGUUUAUUGAUUCGAGUUAUCUAGCAUCUCCGAAUUUUGUGGCAUUUUCUUGUCACAUUAUAACUAUAAUUGAAAUCCCACUUUCAAUAUAUGGUGCGUAUUGCAUUUUAUUCCAAACUCCUGCCAAGAUGAAGCCUGUGCAGUUUUUGAUUCUAAAUUUACACUUUUGGAAUACGCUAUCUGAUUUGUUUCUAUGCUUUAUUGGUAUUCCAUUCUUAUAUUUGCCUUCAAUUUCUGGGUUCGACCUGGGCUUACUUGAAUCGCCAGCAGUUACAUUUUACGUAGGAGUUACGCUUGUUUUAGCUAUGAUUGCCGCCGUCCUCUCAAUUUACGAAAAUCGAUUUUACAAACUGUUUGCCCAUAAAACCACAUGGAAACAUAUCAGAAAAGCCUACCUCAUCGCUGUCUAUACUUCAAUACCUUUUAUAUUUCUACCACCAUUCCUAACUAUUCCCGAGCAAGAAACUGCUCAAAGCUUUAUCUUGGCUAAACUUCCUUGUUUGCCAAAAUUUACAUUUAACGAUGAAGAGCUCUUUGUGUUGAGCAUUAGUCCUGUAAUACCACUACUUUGCAUUGCAUUUGCAUCCUUAUUUUUGGCUGUUCCAAUUAUUACAUUUUUCUCGAUGACACUUUAUCACUUGUUAACCAAAAAAAAGUUGGUCACACUUUCCGCAAAGACAUUGGCAAUUCAUAGAAAAUUUCUCAAGUCGGUUAGUAUUCAGUCAAUAUCUACAGCUGGAAUUGUGUUGGUACCUCUUACAACUUUUAUUUGCUUUAUGAUGUUUUGGUACCACAACCAAAAAUUGAACAAUUUGGGAUACUUGGUCUUGUCACUACAUGGAAGUGUGUCUACGAUUGUAAUGAUAUUGGUUCACAAGCCGUAUCGAGAUUUUACAUUUUCAUUGUGUUGGAAACCGCAAAGAAAUUCUCCUACUAUAAUAGUGACAGAUAAAAGCAAUCAAUUACAAAAUUCUUUUAACGUUGUCGUAUGA